AUGAAUUCACGUCUAUAUCCACAACCAUCGGCGCCACCACCACCACCACCACCAUCAUAUCAAGAAGUAACUAAUAAUAUUAGACAGGCAGAUCCUACAAGCUCAUAUUCAACUCAAAAUGCUUCUGUUUCACAAGAUAGUUACAUGAAUAAUCUAAAUAAGUUUGUUAAUCGUUAUGAAAUUAGUAGAGCUUUUGCCGAACGGUUACAUGUUCUACGAGGUUAUGAGAUUGUCUUUAUUUGCGAUGACUCAGGUUCGAUGACCGCACCAAUCGGUGAAGCAAACGGCCAAUCUGGUAAUCAAGUGACACGUUGGGAUGAAUUAAAACGAACAGUAUCAAUUGUUGUCGACUUAGCCAAUGUUUUUGAUCCUGAUGGUGUUGAUGUCUAUUUUCUUAAUCGUGAACCAAUGCUUCAUGUACGCGAUUCUUCGGACUUAGAGAAUCUAUUUGUUAUUGCUCCUGAAGGUGCAACACCAGUUGUACCCGUUCUUAGACAAGUUCUUCAUGAGAAACGCAAUCAAAUUUAUGAGCGUAAAUUGCUUAUUCUCAUAGCUACCGAUGGGAUACCAACAGAUGAACGCGAACGUCCAGAUAUUCGUACACUUGAACACGUUCUUAAGAAUGAACGUAAACCUAUGGAUCAGAUUCCAGUAACGAUUAUUAUUUGUACAGAUGACUAUCAAUCUAUGAAUUAUUUACAUGAUUGGGAUAAGACAAUACCUAAUCUUGAUGUUGUUCAUGACUAUCGAAGUGAAAAGAAGCAAAUUCAAAUGUGUCGUGGCAAAGAUUUUCCAUUUAAUUAUGGUGAUUAUAUUGUAAAAAUUUUAUUGGGCGGUGUCGAUAGUUGGUUUGACGAUUUGAAUGAAAUGAAAAAAAACUAA